AUGCCGUCUAAGAAAAGCUUGAAAAGAGAGUCUGGCACUGCUGAUAGCCUUGCCAUUCGCAUAAUUAAGAGACAACACAAGGGGAAGUGGAAUGACGACUCAAUUCGAGCAGAGAAAAGUUUUGCCGAAAAGCAGCAACGGGCUGCAUUGAAGUCAAAAAAUCAAUCCAAGCAAAAACCUGCUGUGGAUGGUGGAAAGCCGCCAAAGAUGAAAGUCAGUAAGGAAAAUGGAGCAGUAAUGAGGAACACUGACAAAGAGGGGUCAUCAGAUGAUGAUUCUGAUGAUGAAAUGCAAGAGGCCAAAGUGAAGAAUGUUGAAAAAGCAGAUGGAAGUGAUUCCGAGAAUGGGAAUGGGGAUGGGGAUGAGUCCCUGGACGGUGAGGAAGAAGUGGGAGAGGACAGAGAGCCAGAUGAACAUGAGGGAGAUGGACAAGAUGGUGAACAUGGUGACAAAAGCAAGGCGAAGGAGGAUGAUAAGAGUUCUGGUGAAGACAGCAGCAGCGAUGAUGAUACAUCAUCGGAUGAAGACUUGAGCAAGCCUCCAAAGCUUACCAAGCAACAAAUGCUUGCACAACUGCUUCAUCAAAAAGGGGAUAGUGAUGUUAUUGAGCUCUCCAAAGGGAGUGGCAUUUAUGUCGAUGAAGAUGCGUAUGAAACUUUGCUAAGCAGAAACAAGUUGGCUCACACCACUGUUGCCAGGAAUUUGCUCGAUCUAGUGUUCACAACGGAUGCAAUGUGUAGUUGCUUCCUCCUUGGGAAUGCCCAAAAGGGUCCUCUGGGGAAGACCGAAAGACCUCGCCCUGGACUAUACCCACAUGCAGUUGCAGUUAUUGAAAGUGAGUAUAGAAAACUUCCAGCUCACUUACAUUGAUCUUAAAACAGUUGAUAAUGAUAUUGAAUCAUUCCAGAAAAAGCUCGCAAGAUCUGCAUGGGCAGGUCGAUUCCUCUUGACAAUCCAACAACUGUGCACAGGCAGAUGGGCACCAGAUUGUCAGAAGUGCGUGGGGCCAAGAAACGUGCCGAGGAAUAUAGGGCCAUGCGGAAGAACAAAAAGUUACUGAAGCAGCAGGCUGCAAAUAUGACUUCCAGACCUGAUUAAUCAAAAACAAAAUUAUGUAGUUUUCUGUUCCUUGUACCUGAAUCAUUAUGGUUACUUCUUUUGUGAACAAUGUGAUUUUUAAUUCAUUUUUGAUUGUUUUUUGUUCUUUAUAUUGAGUGCUAUAGCAGAAAUAAGUACCUGAAUUAUAAGGUACUUCGUAAAGGGCAAACGUGAUUUUAAUUAUAUUUUUUGUUUAUUAAUUGUAAUAUAAGCAGUAAGUGCUAUAUGGUACUUCUUGGAAAUGCACUAUAUGUAAGUUAAGUGUGUCUUAUUCGUUUGAGUGGUAUUUCUGUCGUAAAGCAGUUGUUUGUAAUCAUUUAGGUUGUUGUUUUAAAGAACCAUACCUAUUUUGAGUGUUAGGUAAAGUGUUCUCAUUCAAUGUGAACUUUUUUUAAAAUUACACACAGUUUGCUACUUUUCUAUGUACUGUAUUUUUCUUUAGAAACUUGUCAACCCCAAAACCCCCAUAGUACGGUUGCAGUGAUACUUUUGCAUAUCUGGACACAUACAUGGUCACAUAUCUGUAACUUUUUAGACCUGUCCUCAGAUAUGCUCUCAGUACUAUUGAAAAGGGGGUUCCAACCUCCUUCCCAGUACUGGGGAAAAGUCUGUUCUCAAACCUGCACGCAGUUCUGAGUAUUUUUUUAAUAUCUGGGACCAUGUAUGUAACCAGUUCUGAAUCAAAUCAGUU